AUGCCAACUCUUGAGGAAUUGGAUCGAAGAAUGUGUGUUGUGAUAUGGCUGCAACAAAGGGAACGCAAGAACGAGAAAACUGACAAAGCACGCUAUCAACAAUGGGUCAAAGUUGUGUUUAAAGAAGCAACUCAGAAGAAAGAACACACAAGAGACGAUAUAGUGGAUCAACAUGUAGAACAAAAUAAGAAGGCCAAACUGUUUUGA